CACUCACAUCGCAUCUUCCUUGCACUUCCGCCAUUGGUCCAUCUGCGAUCUGUAAGGUGGUGGGAGCUGCAGGCGGGACUCGGGAGGCCCAGGAACUAGAAAUGGACUCAGUGGCCUUUGAGGAUGUUAAUGUGGAGUUCACCGUGGAGGAGUGGGCUUUCCUGGAUCCGACCCAGAAGAAACUCUACACGGUUGUGAUGCUGAAAACCUUCUGGAACCUGGCAUCAGUAGCAUGUAUUUUAGAAGUAAAAUGUGAAGACCGUGACAGUGGAGAUCAAUAUGAAAGUCAUGGGAUGAAUCUUAGCAGUCAUAUGGUAGAGAGACUGUGUAAAUGGAAAUAUGGUUGUCAAUUCAGAGAAAACUUUAGCCAGAUUCCAAAUCAUAAUGAGAAGACGGAAACUCCUACUGAAAUUAAACAACCUAAAUCCAGGUUGUGUAGGCAAAUAUUCAUGCAUUAUUUAUCCUUGAAUAACCACCUGAGCUCUCACAUUGGACCCAAACUACACCUGUGUCAGGAAUAUGAAGAAAACCCUUAUAAAUGUAAGGAACCUGAGAAAGCUUUCAAGCCUCACCAACAUAUUCAAAGACAUAAAGGCAGCCCCAGUGAGAAAUCUUUCCACUAUUCAACUUCCCAUAGAAAUCACGAAAGAACGCAUAUUGCUGGGAAACCGUUUGAGUGUAAGCAAUGUGGGAAAGGCUUUAAUCAUCUCAUUUACUUUAAACUUCACAAAAAUACUCAUACCGGAGAGAAACCAUAUCAAAGUAAGCAACGUGGCAAAGCUUUCAGUUCUCCCAAGUACUCUGGAGAAAAUGAAAGCACACACACUGGAGAAAAGCCCAAUCAGUGUAAGAAAUCUGGAAAAGCUUUCAGUUCCACUUCUCUUAGAAAUUCUGAGAGAACUCAUACUGGUGAGAAACCUUAUAAAUGUAAGCAAUGUGGUAAAGAUUUCUCUCAUCGAACUUCCCUGCAUUAUCAUAAAAGAACACAUACUGGGGGAAAACCCUAUGAAUGUAAGCAAUGUGGUAAAGUAUUCUCUCAUUCAGCUACUCUCCAAAAGCAUAAAAUCAUUCAUCCUGGGGGAAAAUCCUAUAAAUGUCAGUAUUGUUAUAAAGAUUUAUCUAAUCGAACUUCCCUCCUACGUCAUGAAAGAAUUCAUAUUGGGGAAAAACCCUAUAAAUGUCAGCAUUGUGGCAAAGCUUACUGUGAUCGUGGUGCCCUCUGUCGUCAUGAAAGAACUCAUACUGGGGUAAAACCCUAUGAAUGUAAGCAUUGUGGUAAAGGUUUCAAUUAUCCAUCUUCUCUCCAAGGUCAUGAAAGAAUUCAUACUGGGGAAAAACCCUAUGAAUGUAAGCAUUGUGGAAAAGCCUACAGUUAUCCACAGUCCUGUCAAAGGCAUGAAAGUACACACACUGGCAAGAAGCCCCAUGUAUGUCAGAAAUGUGGUAAGGCUUUCAGUCUUUCUGCAUAUCUUAGAGAUCAUGAAACAAUACAUACUGGGGAGAAACCCUUUGACUGUAAGCAAUGUGGGAGAGCUUUCAGAUAUUCCAGUUCUCUUCGAUAUCAUAAAAGAAUGCAUAAUGGGGAGAACCCCAACAAAUGUAAGGAACAUGGAAACCAAGAAAAAUUUCAUACUUGGGGAAAACCCUAUGAAUGUAUCCAUUGUGGUAAAACUCUCUUUUCUCUACGUUCCCUCCAAUAUCAUGAAAGAACACACACUGGAAAAAAGCCCCAUGUAUGUCAGGAAUGUGGUAAGGCUUACAGCCAUUCUGCAUCUCUUAAAGAUCAUAAAACAAUACAUACUGGGGAGAAACGCUAUGACUGUAAGCAAUGUGGGAGAGCUUUUAGAUAUUCCAGUUCUCUUAGAAAUCAUCAAAGAAUGCAUACUGGGGAGAAACUCUACAAAUGUAAGGAAUGCGAGAAAGCCUUCUAUUCUGCCAGAUGUCUUAGUAAGCAUAAAGUAUCUCAUCAUGGAAAAAAGCCUCAUGAAUGUAAGGAAUGUGGUAAAACUUUCCUUUUUCCUAUUUGCUUAGAAAUCAUGAAAAACAUCAUGCUUAGGGAAAACCCUAUGAAUGUAACCAUUGUGAUAAAGCUUUCUCUUAUCCAAGUUCCCUCUAACAUCAUGAAAUAACUCAUAAUAAGGAAAAACCCUAUGACUGUAAACCAUGGGCCAAACCCUUUAUUCAUCCCAGUUCCCUUCAAAAUCACAAAAACACUGAUAGUGGAGAGAUAUCAAAAUGAAUGAAAGAACUCACACUGAAAAUAAGCCCUAUCGUUUAAAGACUGUAGAAAAGCCUUUGACCAUCCUAGUUUCUUUCUCUUUUUUUUUAAAUAUUCACCUGAGGAUAUUUUUCCAUUGAGAGAGUGGAAGUCAGAGAGAAAGACAGAGCAAUAUUGAUGUGACAAAAACAUAUCAAUUGGUUGCCCUCCUUCACAUGCCUAGAUAUUUAAGGACACAAAGUGGAGAAAAGCUCUAUGAAUGUAAGGAAUGUGGUAAUGUUUUCAGUUUUUCCAAGUCUCUUAGAACACACACUGCGGAAAAACCUUAUGAAUGUAAGCAAUGUGGGAAACCUUCAGUUGUGUCACACAUCUUGGAAGACAAAAGAAGACAUGAUGG